UCAUUCGCCUGCGCUCCUGCAUCUGUUGUGAUUCGGAUGAAGACAGAUCCACAUGACGGAACUAUUAUAAAGAUGGAGUUUAUUAAAGAAGAGAGUGAAGACAUGAAGAUUGAAACAUUCAGAGUCAAACAUGAAGAUACUGAGACACAAACAAAGAUGGAGUUUAUUAAAGAGGAGAGUGAAGAAACAUCCAGACUCAAACAUGAAGAUACUGAGGAACAAACAAAGAUGGAGUUUAAUAAAGAGGAUACUGAAGAAACAUCCAGACUCAAACAUGAAGAUACUGAGGAACAAACAAAGAUUGAAUUUAAUAAUGAGGAGAGUGAAGAAACAUCCAGACUCAAACACGAAGAUACUGAGGAACAAACAGAUCUGGUCCCACUGAAAGAGGAGAUACAAGAACUGAAUGAAAUGGAAGAGAAGGAUCAGUGUGUGGAACAUAGUAGUUUCAUAUCUGGAACAAAACCCAUUAAGACUGCAAAGACCUCACGAAAAAGAGUCCAGAAGACCAAAUCUAACACCUGCCUUCAGUGUGACAAGAGUUUUAUACAUAAACAAUCUCUUCAGGCCCACAUGCGAAUACACACUGGAGAAAAGCCUUUCGCCUGCCCUCAUUGUGGAAAGAAUUUCAGUCACAAAGGGAACCUUAUGAAUCAUAUGAGAAUUCACACUGGAGAGAAACCUUUUGCCUGCCAACAGUGUGGAAAGAGUUUCAGACAAAAAGGGAACCUUAUGAACCAUAUGAGAAUUCACACUGGAGAGAAACCUUUCGCCUGUCAACAGUGUGGAAAGAGCUUCAGACAAAAAUGGAACUAUAUAAAACACAUGAGAAUUCACACUGGAGAAAAGCCAUUCAUAUGUGAUCAGUGUGGAAAGAGUUUCGCACAUAAAGACACUCUGAGUGCUCACAUGAAAAAUCACUCAGGAGAGAACAGCUAUGUAUGUCAUCAGUGUGGAAAGAGCUUGAGUUAUAAAGUAAGCUUCAAGACUCACAUGAGAGUUCACACUGGAGAGAAGCCUUACACAUGCUCUCAGUGUGGAAAGAGUUUCGGAUAUAAACAAUCCCUUGAUGCCCACAUGAGAGUUCACACCGGAGAAAAACCUUACACAUGUCAACAGUGUGGAAAGAGCUUUUCACGAAAAGGAGACCUUAAGCUUCACUUGGUCGUUCACACUCGAGAGAAGGCUUUCACAUGUGAUCGGUGUGGAAAGAGUUUCGGACGUAAAGUAAACCUUAAUAAACACGUGAAGAUGCACUUAUGGAGAGAUUUAGUUUUAGAGUUUUAGAUAUUGUGUGUGUAGAAUAAUUUUCACUAACAG